CAGCCACUCGGUUUCAUUCCCCAAACCAAACCCCGGGAUUGGUUGCUGCUGCUUGCAACCCAAGGGCUUCUCCGCGGCUCCGCCAGGCCGCAACCUUCCGGGCGUGCCUGCAUGGGGUUUCCAACGAGGGAGCGGUGCGCAUAUCCCUCGCUGGCGGCAGCGCCAUGACUGCCAAUGAGAAUGAAUCCUCAGACGCCCCGCGCGGUCCGCCAACAACCGUGGCCGAUGUCCUAACUCUCGUCAUCACGACGUCGCCGACGCCCUCGGCACCGGCGACAGAGCUGCUCUCCCAUAUCAUCGCCUCCUUCCGAGAGCAUUGCCCCAAGUUGACCGAGUGCAGCGUCAUCUUGGUCCUCGACACGUACGAUCACAUCAGCACCACCGCGCGACUCAAGAAGGGGCAUGUGACAGCCGAGGGCGCCAGCACGUACGCCGAGUACAAGGAGAACGCGAAGCGUCUUAUUCUCCAAGAAUACGCCCCGUCUUGCAGCCACCACACCGGACGCGACCUGGUAGUGGACUACGGCGAGGCCGAAUUCGGGUCCACCGCCUACGCGCAGCAGACGAACGCGGUGCCGCUCACCAUUACCAGGACCCACGAUGGCCGCAUAGUCUUCAUCGAGCCCUCGCAGCGGCUGGGCUUCGGCCUGGCCGUGCGCUCCGCACUGAGACUAACAAGAACGCCGUACGUCUGGAUCCAGCAGCACGACUGGACGCUCGUCUCGGAGGUCCCUCUCUGUCCGCUCCUGGAGAUCAUGCAGAAACAGUCGAAGACCGCCGGCAGCGCCAAUGCCGAUGACUCGGACACUGUCCAAGUCCCCAUCAAAUACGUCUGCUUCCCUUCUGUUCGGAUGGUCGAGUACGCCAGGUCCGACCACGUCAUGCUGUUUCCCGCCCUGCGCGCUGUGACCUACCUGCACAAGCAGAACUUCACCAUUAGGUCCGGGGACGGAAGUAUCACCAAGAUCCCACUCACGCCGCUCUUCUUCUGGCACGACAAGCCGCAUCUGGCAGAGACGGAGCACUACCUCGCAAAAGUAUUUCCAAACCGCGCGGCAGUGCCCCGCGGCGCCUUCAUCGAGGACACCAUCGGCCACCGCGCCAGGGCAGAGAUGAAGGACGGCCAAUGGAAGAAGUGGGCUUGCUGGCUGUACUACCCUGAUGAAGGGAAGCGGCUGUGUAUGAGGCACCUCAAGGGGCGGACCUGGCGGGGGGCGGAAGGGGAGCUGGCGCAGAAGCUGGAGUACAUGCGACUCAACCAGGCAGUCCCAAAUUAAUCAACGGGCCGCGAUGGGAAUCCGCGCCUCCUGUAUUAAGGUAUUUGGUUGAACUCACCAUCUCAUAAUAUCCAUAGAAGACA